ACACUUCCAGUUUGGUUCAAUCUGAAAUCUCUGCUACUGCUUUGAAGUUUUUUCUAUUCUCCAACUAACCAACAAACAAACUCUCAUCACUCACCUCGAUCUGAAACCGAAACAUGGCGGAGAAGCCAAACGGAGUAUUACUAGAACAAGAAGAGAAUGAGAACAAGAAAAACACAACUGAAAACAUCUACGACGUCGUUCAGCGUCUGAUAUCAGAACCUUCUUAUACUGUUACUCGUAUCAAAACCUCUCUCUCUCCUUUCAUCCCCGAAUCUUCUAGAGACUACACUCGCCGCAUUCUUCUCUGGUCUCGUCAAGGCUCUUCCCUCCGCCCUCUCCUUCUCAUUUCGGUUGGGACAAUUGCUCUUGUUGCCUUGACAGGACUCCUUACCUUUAUGCUUGUCCUUCUGGUCGCAACUAUCAAUGCCAUCAUUGUCUCCCUUCUCAUUUCUUUAGCUGUAGCCGGAGGAUUCUUGGCUCUUUUCUUUGCUUUUGUGGCAGCAAUAUAUAUUGGAGCAUUAUCAAUAGCCAUAUUUGCUAUUGCCACUGUUACGUUUUGGACAACCGUAGCUAUUCUGAUAACUACAGGAUGGGUUGGAUUCUUUUAUGCUGUAUGGUUGGUAACUACAAAGAGCCUUGGAUUUGCAAAACAUUCGUUAAGCACGAGUGGCUCAGCAAUUUCAACUUAUUCUGCUGCUUGGGGUAGCCGCAACCUUUUACACAAACAUUCCGAUUAGGAGCUGGUCACUUGUAGGAGUUAUGCAUCAAGUUAAAUGUGUAUGUUGUGAAAUGGCAAAGCUUCUUCUUUUGACUGGAACAUUCCUAAAUCACACCCACUGUUUGGUUUCAAAUGGCUAUGAUUAUGUUUCUACUUAUGAGCUGAGAGCAGUGUAGAUAAAAUAUGCUGGUAGUAUGUAUCGUGUUUCAAUUAACGGUUGAAAAACCGGUUGCUUUUCUUUGUUAGCCUAUGUUAUUACCUGGUAUUGUACAACUUAUAGUAUACAUUACAUUUGUAUUGGUUAAUAAUGUAAUUUGGGAAUGAGUUGUAAACGUUGUACUUGUAUGAAGUUCUAUGUAACAAAGAUGUAUAUGCCAUAA